AUGGCUGAAGUUUUGAAAAAGUCUGGUGUCAUCUACGGCGAUGAUGUAAGAAAGUUGUUCGAUUACGCUCAGGAGAAGGGGUUUGCGAUUCCAGCUAUCAACGUUACUUCCUCGUCAACCGUGGUUUCUGCUUUGGAGGCUGCUCGUGACAACAAGGCUCCAAUCAUCUUGCAAACCUCUCAAGGUGGUGCUGCUUACUUUGCUGGUAAAGGAGUCUCCAACUCGGACCAGACCGCCUCAAUUCAGGGUUCUAUCGCCGCAGCUCACUACAUCAGAGCCAUUGCCCCUGUGUACGGUAUUCCUGUUAUUUUGCAUACAGACCACUGUGCUAAGAAGUUGUUGCCUUGGUUCGAUGGAAUGUUGAAGGCUGAUGAAGAGUUCUUCUCCAAAACCGGUGAGCCAUUGUUCUCUUCCCAUAUGUUGGACUUGUCUGAGGAAACCGACGACGAGAACAUUGCUACUUGCGCCAAGUACUUUGAGAGAAUGACGAAAAUGAACCAAUUCCUCGAGAUGGAAAUCGGUAUUACUGGUGGUGAGGAAGACGGUGUCAACAAUGAGAACGUGGACAAGGAAUCUUUGUACACUCAGCCAGAAACUGUUUUUGCUGUCUACAAGGCAUUGGCUCCAAUUUCCCCCAACUUCUCCAUCGCUGCUGCAUUCGGCAAUGUGCAUGGUGUCUACAAGCCAGGUAAUGUUGUCUUGAGACCUUCGAUUUUGGGUGAACACCAGAAGUACGCCCGGGAGCAAAUUGGCACUGACAACAAGAAGCCAUUGUACCUUGUCUUCCAUGGUGGAUCCGGCUCUUCGCAAGAGGAGUUCGACACCGCUAUCGCCAGUGGUGUGGUGAAGGUGAACUUGGACACUGAUUGUCAAUACGCCUACCUUACUGGUAUCAGGGACUAUGUUUUGAACAAGAAGGACUAUUUGAUGACCCCUGUUGGUAACCCUGAUGGCGAGGACAAGCCUAACAAGAAGUUCUUUGAUCCAAGAGUUUGGGUCAGAGAGGGUGAGAAGACCAUGAGUGCCAGAAUCGCUGAGGCUUUGGAUAUUUUCCACACUAAGAAUCAGUUGUAG